AUGGUCAAUUUCAUCCAGCCAAAGGUCGACCCCUUGCCAACAGGCAUUGAUUUGACUGGUCAAACAAUAGUGGUAACAGGUGCCAGCUCAGGAAUGGGUCUUGAAGUGACCCGACAACUAGUUUUACUUCGCGCCUCGACUGUGAUUCUUGCUGUCCGCAAUGUCGCCAAAGGCGAGUCAUGUGCAACUAUGAUCCGUCAGGACCCCUUGAUCAAGGCGCAAAAUCCCGAGGCAGCUAUCAAGGUCAUGGAGCUGGACAUGGAGCUCUUCGUUAGCGUGCUGUCAUUCGCAAAAAGACUCCGGGAGGAAAUCCCCAUCGUCAACACUCUCAUCCUCAAUGCGGGAAUCGGCCUACUUGAGUUGAAACAUACCCCGAUCGGCCACGAUAAAACCACACAGGUCAAUUACCACUCCAAUGUUCUACUCAUUGCCGAGCUUCUACCGUAUCUCGAGGCAGGUGCAGAGAAGACGGGCACCCCUGCACGUAUUAGCUGGGUUGGCAGCCGUGCGCAUGAGACCACAAGUUUCGAAAAGAAUUACCCUCUCAAAUCUGGCGAGGGGGUGAUUGACCACAUGGAUAAAAAAGAGGCUUUUGUGCCAUUCAGGCGUUAUGGAGAUUCUAAGUUUCUCUGCGCCUUGUUCAUGUACAGUUUGGCACCGCGGUUGGAUUCUAAGAAGGUCAUCUUAAACAUGAUGUGCCCGGGCAUGGUUAAUACUAACAUGAGCGACGUUCUGCCGCUGUACUUAAGAUUGAUUGUCAAUGUCAUCAAGUCGAUCCGUGCCAGGUCCGUUGAGGUCGGUGGUUGGAUCAUAUUAAACGGUGCACUUGUCAUGGGUCCCGAGUCUCAUGGCAAGUUUUUGAUGGACAAGACUAUCGCCGACAAAGCGGCAUUUAUCGAUUCAAGAAAGGGCCAGAAUAUACAGAAGAACCUCUGGGAGGAGACAGUCGCCGAGAUGAGCCGGCUGACCACUCUUCCUGUCGAGUUCAGAUAG